AUGAUUAUCCUUUCUGAUGUGCGUUCGAAUAUCUUACGCUGUAUUUGUGAAGGAGCGCACGGUAACGCCAUGGUGCUGGUUGAACUGUUCCCCCAUUCGAGUUCUGCGAUAACUCAGAUGCCUUUCCUGUGGUCGGGUCCUGUGAUGUUUGAAGCUUCCGUCGGAGCACUUGGUUUGAUGCCGGGACAGAAAAAUGGCCUCGAACUUGUUCAUCAAUAUGCGUUUGAAGUUGUUGACUUCAGUUCUCAGUAUGGCUCUGAGAGCGGCACUGCCAACACUGCGGGAAACUUAGUUGGGCCUUGUCAAGUCUACCCGAAUUACUGUGACUCCAGUGCCACCUGUUCAUUCCGCACCUUUGGUCAGUGGUGGCACGACUGCCCUUCGGCAAUUCCACCCGUGAACUCGCGACCGGAUGACUACUGUAGUGAAGAUUAUGUUGAUCUCUACUUCGAUGUACCCGUUGUGCCUAUCCGACUUCAAAUCUUUGAAACCUACAAUCCAGGUGCAAUUGUGCGAAUUCUGGCCUGCUACCGCACACAGCCCGCAGAUGGGCCAGUUAAUGCUCGGACACUGCAAUGGGUUACGUUGUGGAAAGCACCAGAACCGGUGGCCCAUCUCUCACCGUCCAGAUCGAGAUUACUACGACGGCUUCAACUACUAUAUACUGCGUCUAAUGCCGCGGAUGACGGUCAGGCGUUGACUUUGGCGCCUCACAGACAGACGAACUGGUCCUCACGCGUCCUACCAGAUUCUGAUAUCAGAGAUCGCAUUUGUUCCAGUCAACCUCGACGAGCACGUGUCUUUCAGCCGCCGUUGAGCAAAAUAUCUCCCUAUCCGAUCGACUUGAUUCGGCUGGAAUUGGACGGUUCUCGGUGCAGUUAUUUUACCGAACUGGAUGCAUUCCUCGAUGGCCUGGAUUCUCUCAGCUUGAAGGCACCAAUUCACUCACACUCUGAACCAGUGCAUUAUAAUGCACCGCGUACCGGGUCAGCUACAGCCUCAUUUUUCUCCGAAUUAUUGCGACCGCGCACACCGCAGUUGUGCUUUUCUCCAGAAAAUCAUCAACUUCACUACUCGUCGCAACAGUCCUCCUUCUCGUCACCAGAACUUUCUCCGGAAUUCUAUCGACAGUCGCCGCUGUUGCCCAUUUGCUCCUCGUUGACAAGCCCCACGAUCAAUACAACUGUUGCAUUAGUUCCCUCCUGUUCGAGUGCACCAGUGAAUAGCAGCAGUUUAUGUCACCUCCCGCGUGUCGGAAUGGAUCUUCUGCUCCCUCGUGCAGGAGGACAUCUGGUUGCUGUGACACCAGGUGCCAUUUGCCCUAUCACGUUGUUUGGUUUGAUGCAUCUAGACGAAACCGCAAGAUGGCGGCAUGGGCCAUUCACCCGGUUGCCUUACGAGAUUCUGCUUCGUAUAUUCUCCUAUCUGGAUUUCAGAUCCAUCUGUCGUGCGGCCAAUGUUUCUCGACAGUUCCGAUGUCUCGCCGACGAUGCCUUGGCUCAGCUGACUAGUCUUAAUUUGCAAGCCUAUUGGCCCGGACUAAACGACUCAGGAUUGCUUAGUCUUGGAAAGCGCCUGGGUCGUGUGAACUUAACGGCCAGGGCGGCUGCCGCCGCAACGACCGGUAAUUCCGUCGCUCCGUUCAAUUUUCUGCGUCGUCUUGCACAAGAAGAAACUGAAUCCAACCAUGAGCUGCACGGACGUGUUAAAAGGGGUCGUCAACUAGCCGCCCGAAUUCGCAGCUGGAGUACUAGCGCCACGACUGCCACUUCAUCAGGUCGAAUCAUUCAAACCGAUCACGCCAAUUCCCAAGGUGAACUGAGUGGAGAACCAUGUAACGCUGAGAAUCCGCUAUGUGAGACAUUUCUGGUGAUCCCUGGUGAAGAACAAAGGCAAGAAAAAUCAAAUGUACUCCGUCCCUCAACCGCCAAUUUUUACGACGCCUACUGUGAGGCAUUUCCUCCAUGCCGCCUAAGACGACUUGAUAUGUCUUGGUGUGGUAACUAUUCUGCAAUUAGUCCGGUCGCCUUCGGUGAUUUUCUGGGUGAUGCCUGUCGUCAGUUGACAACAUUAAGAUUAGCCAGUUGCAAAUUUCUCAACGACGAUUGCCUACUUUACAUUGUGAAUACAUGUCCGCUACUCAGAGAAUUGGAUCUUUCCUCAUGCACGGGUAUCACUUCGCACGGGUUCUUGGCUUUGAGUCGGCUGAUUCAGCUCAACUGGUUAUCUCUGUAUCGAACCCAGAUCGCUGAUGACGGUCUGUUAAGUUUAGCUGAGUUAUGCCAACACCUGUGUCACAUCAAUUUGGGAUCGUGCACGAACGUUCAGGAUAUGAAUCAAGUAUUGGAUAACCUGACCCGAAACAAUACUGGUCUCAUCUCCGUCAAUCUUUGGCGCUGCGUGACUGUUUCUGCGGUGGGUGUCAGUUACCUGGCCCGCUCCUGCCCAUUGUUGGAGGAACUGGACUUGGGUUGGUGUCGAAACAUUGCACUGACACAAGAGAGCAAUUGUAUCGUACAUCUGGUCCAGCACUGUGGUCGGAUUCGAAAAUUACAUCUAACCGGGACAAGCCUGUUGAAUUCCGAAGAACUGACCUUCGUUGGCCAGCGUCUCUGUUCCACCUUAGAACAACUGGACAUUCACGGAUCUGCCAAUGUGAACAGCACAGCCGUUGCCAUGGUGCUAAGCGGUUGCACACGUCUUCGUCUGUUGGACAUUUCGUUCUGUGCCGAACUUCCUUUGCAUAGUGUGACUCGUCUACGCCGCUUGUUUCCGCUGUGCACAAUCAUCACCUCAAUACCGGACAUGUAUGUGGACGUUUUGGGAGCGAGACCCGUUUCGGCAGAUGAACACGUUUUCAUCGAGGAAAUGGUAGAUGAUGUUGAACGUCACCUACUUGACCAAUUUUUAGAUGCCCCUUUUGUACCACAAGCUCUCAUCGGCCGCCCCGAUAUGUUAGCCUUACCUGCGCCUAUCCCGCUACCUGCACUCACCGGCCCAACAUCGGACUGAUAAGUUUCUUUCAUGUCAUCUGUUUUAAUUUACUCUCCCACUGCCAUUUGAUUUAUGUACAUUCAUUUAUUCGUUUAUUUGGCCAUCCUAUUCAGUGUACAUAUGUGGUGAGAUGUAUUUAGAUCACUUUUGGGUUCCCGACCGCUUCUCUGCCUACCUUCACCGUUCUUUCAUCGAACGAGAUGUUAUUUACCGGAUCGAUUUUGGAUGACUUAUAUUUUUCCAGGCCUUUUGGCCUCCUUCAUCCGAAA